GGAGGACGCGUUGGCGGAUGUUUAAGUUGUUUCAGGGCGCGGACGCAGACAGGAGAGAGCGAGCUAGCUAGCUUAGACGGAGCCAAGUAAGAAUGGACCCUGCCCGCAUUUGGACCCUUCUGGUCGUCUUGUGUCACUUUUGGGUCGCGGAUGGCGCAGGAAAAGGACGUGGCUUCAUUGGGGUUAAAGAUCCCCAAAACUCGGACCUGGUGGUCGUGAAGGGGGUCGUGGCGGAGACCCUGCAAAGCGGGCUGACCACCGUCUUCCUGCCAGUGGUCUACAUCGUGGUGUUCGUGGUGGGCCUGCCCACCAACGCCAUGGCAAUAUGGGUGUUCCUGUUCCGCACCAAGAAGAAGCACCCGUCGUCCAUCUACAUGGCCAACCUGGCGCUGGCCGACCUACUCUUCGUCAUCUGGACGCCACUGAAGAUCGCCUACCACUUCAAUGGUAACAACUGGAUCUACGGCGAGCCGCUGUGCAAGGUGAUGGUGGCCUUCUUCUAUGGGAACAUGUACUGCUCCAUCAUCUUCAUCGCCUGCCUCAGCGUGCAGCGCUACUGGGUGGUGACCCACCCGCUGUCCCAGCAGAGGAAGAACAACAAGGUGGCCAUCGGAGUCUGCGUAGCCGUCUGGGUCUUCAUCUGGCUCAGCACCACGCCGCUCUACCUCUAUCAGCACACGGCCCGGCUACGAGAGCCCGCCAUCACCACCUGCCACGACGUCAACAUCAUCGAGGCCCCGCUGGACCCCUUCCCGUCAGUGCAGCUGCCUUACUUUUACUUCAUCUGCAUGGGCCUGGUGGUGUUCCUGGUACCGUGCGUGGUCAUCGUGGUGGCCUACAUCCUGCUCCUGCGAGCCCUGGGCAGGAACAUGGAGGACAGCACGGCGGCUAAGAACCGCAGACGGGCGGUGGUUCUGAUCCUCACUGUGCUGUUCACUUUCUUGCUGUGCUUCAUUCCGAGCAACAUCAUGCUGGUGGUGCACUACUCGCUGCUGAAGGACGGCGUGGAGAACAACGGCUACGGCUUCUACGUGACCACGCUGUGCCUCGCCAGCCUCAACAGCGUGCUGGACCCGUUCAUCUACUACUUUGUGUCUGAGGACUUCCGCAACCACGUGAAGAACACGCUGCUGUGUAGGAGCAGCCGGACUGUGGAGCGCAUGAGGGUCUCCUUCAGCUCCAUGAAGUACUCCAGGAAGAGCAAGUCCUACGUGUCGGAGUCGGGGAACACACAGAGCAGCUCUUGCUAGCCGGCGGAGCAAGUGGACGGCGCUCGUGCGAGGAUCACGCCGGUCGGUCUGGCUACGACCGGGAUACCCGCAAAUGUCACGGAAGCAAAGAUUUUAGGCCAAAUGGACACGGGUGUUUUGAAAAAUGCAGAUUAGACUUUUGGAGAACACUUGUGGAGGUUUUAGUGUGAACACGUGGAAAUCUUUUUGGCUCGUCUUUUUUUCCAUCCAUCCAUCUUCUAUGCCGCUUAUCCUCACUGUAGCUGGAGCCUAUCCCACCUGACUUCGGGUGAGAGGCGGGGUGCACCCGGAGGCACGUACAGACAACCAAUCAUUCACACCCAUGGAGUCCGUGCAGGCCGGGAUGGACUUCAGCGUUGUGACCAUGGAGGAGGAGAGAGUGGAACUUGUAACCUUAUUUUCCGCUUUAGUGUUCCAUUCGUGUGCAGAUGGAACGUUUCUAGUGUGUAUGUUUUGGUAAAUAAAUGCUAAAAGGUUUCUGUGAUACCCCUUUUCGUGUUCGCUGGAGUGACUCACUGGGUUUGACUCACGGAGCUUCUGGCUGGCCCGCAUGGAAAUGACAGGAAUUCGCGGAAUGCUGCUUCCCAGUGUCAUCUGGGACUUCUCAAAGUCACGUUUUAAAGAAGUAGUGUCCAAAGUUGCGGCCUGGGAGCCCAUUUACGGACCGCAGCUCAUCUUCUUUUGGCCCUCAGCAAUUUGUAAAAAUAAAUGGAUUCCUUCUUUAGGUAUUUUGUAAGGUGUUACGCUAAUUUGCUCCGUGGCCUGUAACACAAAGCCAAGAUGCUUUGUUCAGCCAGCUAGCGUUAUAGCAUCUUCAAUGCCCACAGGACUGCAAUCUACUUGCGGCAGGGGUGGAUUGCGUCAUUCCCUAAUUUUAAUAAUUGAAUGCCACCUUUUUAGUGAGCAAAAACCAUGAAAAGCAAAACCAACAUGUUUAGAAAUACUUCACGUUGCUUCUGUUUGUGUCACAAGUAAGACUGAGCCGCCUGUGAGUGCUUUUAGAUGCGGGGGUGUCCAAAGUCCCCACCACUGUUUUUUCUUUGUCGCCUUCUUAAAAAUACAGUUAAACCAAAAAAACAUUUAAAAAAAACAGUAAUUUUUACAAACAUGAACUUUGAAUUUAAUUUAAUUUGUAAUGAAUAAUUUACAAAUAAACAUUUGCAAGCAUUUAAGAAUAAAGACCAAAUAAAGUUGAAAUCUAAAAAAAAAAAAAAAAUCAAAUAUACUGUAGUUGCAAGUUGGGGGAAAUUAGGUUGUGAGAAAAUUAUAUUAUUACACAAAGUCCAAAUAUUAGGAGUCAUAUGAAAACAUAACAUGUACACGAGCAGGUUGAAAUAUUUACUUUUUAAAAAAAAAAAAAUUGAAAAACGGCAGCGAAAAAGUGUCAAUUAAGGAGAAAAGUUCCACAUGAAUACGCAUGGGCACCGAUGACACAAAGCUGAGGGGCAGCCUGUUCUCUUUUGCUUUCUGUUUCCUAAAUAUAAGAAGUGUGGCCCCUCAAUCUUUGGGUUUUUCAGUAUGUGGCCCUCAGUUUUAGACAAGUCUAGAGUGGCUAAUCCCUUCUGCUACAUCUUCUUCUUCUCUGGCAGUCUCAUUACCGUGUGUUUAUGGUAAUGACACCCUACGGUCUCAUUACCGUGUACAGUCUCAUUACCGUGUGUUUAUGGUAAUGACACCCUACGGUCUCAUUACCGUGUACAGUCUCAUUACCGUGUGUUUAUGGUAAUGACACCCUACGGUCUCAUUACCGUGGGUUUAUGAGCGUGGGUAAAUGGGUAAUGCCACAUUUGUUUGUCGUCAG